GCGCUGUGCAAGCACCGUUUUAUGUUAUCGCGUGAGCAUUUAUUUAAUUGCAUUGAAACUUGGCUCGAAACAGAAUGGAAGGCAAAAAGAAGCUGCCAAGAAUUCCUCCAGGGUUUCAGGAAUUACUGGAAUCUUUGAGCUAUGAUGUGCUUCGUGCUCAGCCGGAUGAUGUCCUACGAUUUUGUAUUGAAAAUCUUAACAAUCGUCUUAGCAUUGUGCAAGAGGAAGGCACACAAAAGGCUGAAUUCACGGACAACGAUAAUUCCCUACCCAUUACUCAAAGCGAUGCACCGCCGCCGAGGAAGGCGAGAGAACGCCGAGGGGGUGUAGCAGCCGAGAGCUGGGAUCCAGAAAAUGUGGAAAAUACAGAGAAAGUGGUCUACCCAAAGACCGAAGAACAGAAGAGCUCCCUUCUAGAAGCGGUCAGGCAGAUCCUUUUGUUUCGAUGCCUGGAUGAAGACGAUCGUUUAGAUGUUGUUGAUGCAAUGUUCCAGAGGACUGUUGAACCCGAAGAAGACGUGAUCACCUAUGGGGAAAUGGGUGAUAACUUUUACAUAAUCGAGUCUGGAACUUACGACAUCUACGUUAACAUUAACAAUGAAAUGAAAAAGGUAACGCAAUAUGUAGACAAAGGAUCUUUCGGAGAGUUGGCACUAAUGUACAACACACCACGAGCAGCCACGAUAAGAGCUGUUACACCUGGUGUAUUGUGGGCGAUGUCAAGAGAAACAUUUCGGUCAAUCGUCCUUACCAAGGCAUUUAAAAAGCGAAAGCUAUACGAAAGUCUUUUAGAGAGUGUUGAUCUACUGAAACCAUUAAGUCAAUAUGAGCGCAAUAAUUUGGCGGAUGCCCUAUACACCAGAAUUGUAGAAGAAGGAGAAUCGAUUUUCCUCCAAGGAGACGUUGGUCAAGAAAUGUUUUUCAUUGAGUCCGGUUCGGUGGUAGUACGGAUGACAACGCCUGAAAAGCCCGACGAGUACACUGAGCUCUGCACACUUGGACAGUAUCAAUAUUUCGGUGAGCUGGCGCUUCUAACAAAAAAUCCUCGAGCGGCAUCUGUUUAUGCCCUAGAACGCACCCGGCUGGCCGUAUUGGAGGUAGACAGUUUCGAACGCAUUCUGGGACCUUGUCAAGACCUUCUUAAGCAAAAGGCUCAGGAAUAUGCCGAAACGCUGGACAAACUCACGGCAGAAAACAGACUAUGAAUUGUCCAAUCAGCUGCAGCAAGGCAACGAAAAGAGAGCCAAUGACGUGAACUUAUAAAAACAAUAAAUUUUGUUUUCUUAUUUUCAUUCGAUCAUACGUUU